AUGACCGCAGAUCAAAUUAUCGAUCAGACUAAGUUGGAUCUCGUCUUGAUCGAACAAACUGGUUCAUUACCCACCGAUGAUCCUAAAGGAUCUGGUAUGGCAGAUUAUUGUAAACAAAAUUUGUGCGAGAAACGAAAAUACCUUUAUUUCUCGAUCGAGAAAGGGCCAAAGUUUUCAACUGUCAUUGAGCGACCGGAGACUGAUCUAACAGUCAAACUCUUGGCAUCUGGGAGAUGGAAGACGGCCACUUUCAAGCCUUACAAUUCUAACGCUGAAGGAGUCGCACCAAAUGCUGGGGCUCUACAUCCCCUGAUGAAAGUCCGGGAAGAGUUUCGGAACAUAUUCUUGGAAAUGGGAUUCACGGAAAUGCCGACAGAUAAGUAUAUCGAAACUUCCUUUUGGUGUUUUGAUUCCCUUUUCGUUCCUCAACAACAUCCAGCUUGCGAAUCCCAAGAUACCUUUUAUCUGAAAGACCCGGUGGCAUCGACUGAUUUCCCAGCCGAGUAUUACAAGAAGGUUAAGAAAAUUCACGAGUCAGGAGGCCACGGUUCGAUUGGUUAUCAAGCCCCGUUUCAAGAAUCGGAAACCACUAAACUAGUUCUCCGUACACACACUACUUCAGUCUCGGCAAAUAUGCUCUACCAGAUUGCUCAGGAAUGUCAAAAGAAUUGGGAAGACUUCAAACCUAGUCAAGUGUUUAGUAUCGAUCGUGUGUUCAGAAAUGAGGCAGCCAAUGCUACCCAUCUCGCUGAGUUCCAUCAAGUCGAGGGUGUCAUUGCAGAUAAAAACAUCACUCUGGGAGAUCUAAUUGAUCCCAAAAAAGAUAGUGUCUUGAAAAGAGCCAAGAAACUCUUCGGAGAAUGA